ACAAGUUUGAAAAAAAUACUAUACUAGCUUCCUUUGUUCAUUCAAUGGCCAAAAUAUAUCCAGAAACACUCAAGAACUCUUCUUCUUCUUCUUCGUCGUCUUCGUCUUCGUCUUGUUAUGUGACAUCCACAAGAGAAACAUUUACUAUAUGGAUGAAAUCCCUAGUGUAUCAUGGAAAUGGUUGUACUGUUUUUAAUUCUAAAGGUGAUAUUGUUUUUAGAGUUGAUAACUACCAAGAAAGAAAUAGUAAUGAAGUUUUCCUCAUGGAUCUUAGUGGACAAGUUCUCUUCUUUAUUAAAAAAGAGAGACUAAGAUUACUUGGUAGGUGGAGUGGAUAUUUAAGUGGUGGAUUUAAAGGAAAGCCAUGGUUUCAAGUGAGAAGAAAUUGGAAGUAUUCAAAAGGAGAUGUUAUUUGUGAUGUAAAUUUAGGGUGUGAUAAAUCUAUAGGAAGUUGCUAUAAGAUUCAACAAAUCGACAAAAAAUCAUCAUUUCAAAUCUCAAAUAAUACUGGUCAACUUGUCGCAAAGGUAAAUCAAAAGCAAUCAUCAAGAGGAUUUGGGUAUGGUGAUGAUGUGCUAACUCUAGAAGUGGAACCUCAAGUUGAUUACUCAUUUAUUGUGGCUCUUGUGACAAUAUGUGGUUUGAUUAAACACAAAUUAUAAAGAGCACAAUUAGUCUAAAAUUGACUAUUGCAAGAUAUAAUCCUGAAAAUUCAAAAUUCAUGGUCUCCUCAACAUACAUGAACCAUGAAAUUUCAAGCUGGCGCGAAUGCUAUCGAAUGGAAAAUUUUCAUUUUUCAGUUCAAAAUCCGAUUUGAGGAAAAAAAAAAGUUCUAGGUCAAGGUAGUAGCACGUAUGGUACAACAUCAGUCCCUUGAUCUCAGUGCAAUGUAUGAGACUUAGUCAAGAGAUCGAUCUGAAGAUACCGAUAAAAAAAAAGGAAAGAAGGUAGAUAUUACUUUGAUUCAUGUUGAGCUUCAUGUUCAUUUUGGGCCUUCUGUUGACUCAAGGCCCAUUAAAACCGAGCCCACUGGCCCAUACUUCAUGGUUUGACAAUUUUGCGUA